AACUACAUUAACCACAGCUACACGCCUUCCUCCCAAACGCACAUGCGCAGUCAUUCGUUCUACUCUGGACAGCUGUAGGAGAAAAUGGCAGCACUCAUGCUAGGACAGCAGGUCCGCCAGUUCAGCACCUCUGUGAUCAGACCUGCAGCAAAGCUGGUCAAGCCUCCCAUCCAGGUGUAUGGAGUGGAGGGCCGCUAUGCCACUGCUCUGUUCUCUGCUGCCAGUAAGCAGAACAAACUGGACCAAGUUGAGCAGGAGCUUGGAAAAGUGUCUACCAUGAUCAAGGACCCCAAAAUUGCCAGCGUUGUAAUGAAUCCUCAUGUAAAGCGCAGCAUCAAGCAGAAGACUUUCAGUGAUGCUCUUGCAAAGGCUAAGCUUUCACCCAUCACCAUCAACCUCAUCAAUGUUUUGUCUGAGAAUGGUCGUCUUACUAUAACUGGUGAUGUUAUCACUGCUUUUGGCAAGAUGAUGAGUGCUCAUCGUGGAGAGGUCAUCUGCUCAGUCACUACUGCUCAGCCCUUGGAUGAAGUUAAUCUCUCUGAUCUGAAAGUAGCUCUCAAGGGCUUUCUCCAGAAGGGUGAAACUAUCAAGCUGGAAACAAAGUCGGAUCCUUCAAUCCUGGGUGGCAUGAUUGUCAGUAUCGGAGACAAGUAUGUGGACAUGUCCACCAAAACAAAGAUUCAGAAGCUGACCAAGCUCAUCAGGGAAACUUAAGUCCUGUGGACUUAAUUUUGCAAAAGAUCAGAGACGACCAUCGGGGGGAAACGCUGAUAAAUGUAUAUUGCUACCUGUUCUAGCACUGCGGUUGCUCCAUAAAUCCACUGUCUGUUCUUUAAUUCAUAUGGAUGUUAAUAAAAACUACAAAAAUGGA